AAAAAAAAAAAUUAUAAAUAAUAAAAAAAAUAAACACAUUUUACAUCCUAAAAGAAAAUUUACAUUUGAAUACUCGUAUCUUCAUUUUUUUCGAGUACAACUAAUAUUUAGAAUUAUGAAUUCCAUUUGUAAGGAAUUAGUUCAUGUAGCAUUAAAAAGAGCUGAAGCAUUAGUAGAUUUUAACAUUUAUGAUGACUUAAUUAAAAGAAUUGAAUUUGAACAACAUAUAAUUCUUGAUGAUAAAUCUCUUAAUGAAGAUGAAAAAUUAGAUGCAAUAAGAAUAAUAAAUAAAGAGUAUGAUCAACAUAAAAUAAUUUAUAAUAUUGGGACAAAAAGAAAAUGUGAAAAUUGUCAAUUAGAAUGUUUGGGUACAUUAUAUUGUGAAAAUUGUAUUCGAAAUUAUUUAAAAGCAGAAUUUUCAAAUUGGACAACUGGAAAUAUUGAUGUUGAUAAUUUGAUACGAAAAUGUCAAAUGGAAACAAUUGCUCCAAAUAUUGUAAUUAAAUGGAUCCCAUAUAAUAAUUUAAUAAAUGUUGAAUAUUUAACAAGUGGUGGAUUUUCUGAAAUUUAUUUAGCAGAUUGGAUUGAUGGAAGUUAUAAUAAAUGGGAUUCUAAAGAACAAAUACUAAAAGUAAAAAGUACUUAUCAUAAAGUUGUACUCAAAAGGUUAGAGGUUACUGGUAGUAUUAAUUGGUUUGACGAGAUAAAAUCACACUUAACCUUAAGUAAUAAGUGGUUCGUAGUUGUUAAAUGCUACGGUGUAACUCAAGAUCCAUCAGACGGAAAUUACAUGCUUGUAAUGCACCGUUUAGACAUCAAUUUAGAAAAAUAUUUACGACAAUACUAUGAUAAACUCACAUGGAAAAUUAAGAUUCAAAUCAUUUACUAUAUAGUACGUGCCCUUAUUAGAAUCCAUAAAGAGAACGUAAUUCAUAGAGAUCUGCAUUCAAGAAACAUACUAUAUUUACAAAAAACUAAUCACUGGUAUAUUAGUGAUCUUGGACUUUGUGGACCAGUCAAUAAAUCAUUGAAAAGUAUAUAUGGAAAUCUACCUUAUGUAGCUCCUGAAGUCAUUAUCGAAAAAGAAUAUUCUCGUGCAUCAGAUAUUUAUAGUAUAGGUAUUCUUAUGUGGGAGAUCUCAACUGGACAACUACCUUUUGCUGAUCAAGAAAGAGAUUAUUCUCUUGCAAUGAAUAUUAUUAAUGGUAUGAGACCAAAGAUAAAGUCGGGAACUCCUUUGUUAUAUCAAGAAUUAAUGGAACAAUGUUGGGAUGUUGAUCCAAAAAAGAGGCCUGACACUGAUACACUUUGGAGUAAAAUACAUAAAAUGAAUAAAGCUUGUUACGAAGAAAAUACUAAUAGCAAUGAUAUUAUUAUUAAUUCACAAUUGAAUAAUAUAAGUCCUAGCACCAUCAAUUUAUCAGUUGAAAGAUUUAGUGAAAUUCAUACAUUCGAAGAUUUAUCCUCCGAACAAAGAAAUAUUAUUGAAGAUAGCCAAGAAGCAUAUCAUAGUAAGCCAUAUGACUUUACGAUUUCAAAUGAUAUCGAAGAAAAAAUGAAAAAAUUAUCGUGCAAUAAUGAUAAAUGAUUUAUAUCGAUAACAAGAUAUAAUUUUAUUAAUUCGGGGUCUCGUGCAUAUUUUUUACAGCGGUAGGUAAUAAGUGAGCAUAACGCAUUAACGUAAGGUACGUGAAAAAUCGCAUAAUUACGAUACUCCACUUAUAUAUGCCACAUAAAAUAUUUAUUUGAUUUAGUUCGCAGGUAACAUUUACCAAAAAAAAAUUUUUCUUUCUUAAAAAAUAUUAAUAUUAUAUAAAUAAAUUAUUUAUUACUUUUAAUAAAAGC